UUUUGAAUGAACUUUCAAGUUUUACAACUCUUCAUUUUUGAAUUGUUGCUAAUGUGUUAUUGAAUUUUAAUGUAUUGUCUACGAAUAUGGUCAGUAAUCAUACCUAUAGUUAUGAUUAUUGUGAGGCGCAAUGCAGGUUUUAGUGCAAAAAAUGUUGUAUUGAAUGGUGGUUAUGUCGGUUGUUUGUACCAAGAAGUGUGCUUAAGUGGAGAGAUAUGUCACGAUGAUUCGCUUUUCGGAAGAUGUGUUCUUGAUAAUGUUCAUGAGGAUCUACUUGGUUCCAAAUCCUUACAGAAAUCAAAAUUAAAAUCGCUUAUUCUGCUUAGUCAACCACAGAAUUAUGACUGGGCUGAUACGACUCUUCAGUGUGUUUUGAGAACAAUACUUUUUGAAUCUGAAUCUCCUUCAAUGUUUGUUGAUCCCAAAACAUUUUGUUUAUACCAGUAUGAUAUAGAGGAUAGUGAUAAUCUUAAUGGUCAAUUCCAUAAUCAAUAUAUAAAACGUGAUAUACGAAAAAAUCGCGCAUAUCCAAAUUUUAUGCUUAGCAAUCCAUUAAAAACUGUAGAAUCUUAUUAUAUUCCUGAAACUUUACAUGACGUUAUGAAUUAUGACAAUAAUAAUAACAAUAAUGAUGAUGAUCGAUGGAUUGAUAAUCCCAAUCGUAACGGAAUAAAUAGAGAAAUGAAAAACAAUGAAGAACAAUUAGAUCAGUUUAGUAAAAAAAUUCAGCAAGUACGGCGUUUUUCUGGAAAUUAUGACACUAAUGAGUAUAGAAAAUUUAAUGGAGAACAAGAACUAUCAAAUAGAUUGAUCGAUGAUUCAAACAAAGACGAUGGUGAUAUGGCUACCAAAUUAUAUCAAGACGAUUAUCUACUGUCAAGCAAUCCAUUAACUGAUGAAACAUUAUCUUCCGAAUUCCAAACACAACCACAAGACGAAACAAUCAUUCCAUCAAAAUCAGUCAGUAGAUUACAUGCACGAAAAUUCGGCUCUGGAUCAUAUAAACAGCUGGAACGUAGAUGGAUUUGGAUUAAAUUUUUAAAUGGACCAAUAACCAAUCAAGAGGCUCAAUCUAUUUUAUUGAAAAUAUCACAUGAUUCAAAGUUAACAUCACCGAUUUCAUUUUUCUUCCUUGAUAAAUCGAGACGUGUAUUGUACUUUCACGUUCCAUCUAGCGCUGGAGUAUCCGCUGAUGCUAUUGUUGAUGCGCUUAAUACAAAGAUGAACUCGAUAGAUGGUUAUCAAAUCGAAGAUGUUGGGUUCGGUCGUGGAACUGUGAAUACAGUAAAUACACAUUCCAAUAUAGAUACUCCAGCUGAAUCACCCCAACCAUCACUUCUGCAUCGUUCGGUAAAUGAUAAGAUUUUAACAGAAACUGGUCAAGUGAAAUGGGAAAAAUAUACAAUGACGAUAGUUCUAUGUUCGACCAUACUUAUUGCAGUUGUUAUACUCACUGGAAUUUACAUUGUUCAAAUCUGUCGGACAAAGCAUAAAUCUAAAAGUGAAUCAAAUGAAAAAUUAUCUUGUCAAUUAGAUGAUUCACCUCAAUUAGAAGAUACAAAACAUGCACAAAAUAAUAACCUCUUUGAAAGUCAACAAAGUAACGGUUCGUCAUGGUCAAGUGAACCAAUCCCAUGCAAUAUUGAUGUUCCAACUGGACAUUUAAUUUUAUCAUAUAUGGAAAAACAUUUACAAGAUAGAAUUCAACUAAAAGAUGAUUGGAAUUCAAUUGAUAAAUAUGUAUCUGAAGAAAAUGUUUUAUAUGAAGAAGGUAAAAAUCCAAUGAAUCGGUUUAAGAAUCGAGAAGGUGCACCAAUACCAUAUGAACAAUCUCGAGUUAAACUUCGAUCUGGUGAUAAUGAUUACAUUAAUGCCAGUUUACUGUAUGACACUAAUCCAAGAAAUCCUGUUUAUAUUGCUACAAUAACUCCGACAGUUAGUUCAGUUCCAGAUUUUUGGUUAAUGAUUUGGGAACAAGGUUGUGUUGUAAUUGUUUGCUUAGAACGUAAUGAUGAAUUAAAAAGAAUGGAUGAAAUUGAUCAGUUUGAAUUGAAUGAUGCUUCAGUGAAAUAUUGGCCUAGUGAAGGUAGUCAAGUAUAUGGUUCUUUUGAAGUAAGUCUCAUAAGAUUGAUAUUCAUUUUAUGCAUGAUAAUACAAUAUGAUGGAUGUGGACGAACAGGAGCAUAUAUUUUAUUAGAUUUAGCCUUAAAUCGAAUCAUCAAGGGUAUAAAAGAAAUUGACAUAGCUGCUUCACUGGAACAUUUAAGGGAUCAAAGACCUAAUAUGAUAAAAUCAUUGGAACAAUAUGAGUUCGUUCUUUCGUCAACUGCUGAGGAGGUGGAUGCAAUGCUCCAAACAAGCACAUGA